AUGAAAAGAACUAGUUCUUGGCUAAAAUGUCUCCUAUGCCAUAAGGGUUCACAGAAGUCUCCGAAAAGUACUGAUUUUGACUUCGCUAAUUGUGAUAACAGGCCGCAUUUCAACAAUAUCAAGCAGUUGGACCAGGAUGGAAGUGUUAGGGAAACUUUGUCUUUUUCCACUGCUAGCCAGACUCCAGGUUGCGGGGAUGGGGGUUCAGCAAGUCUUGGUGACUGGUCUACGGUGCAUCAGGUUGAUAGUGUCGACGCCUCAAAAGUGAAUCUGUUGUGUGAAGGUAGUAGUAACAGUUCAUCUGCUGUUGUGGGUGUUCUUAGUCGACCAGAUUUCUGUGAUCGUUUAGAGUCUAUAGUAAGUCGUCUUGAAAAAAUCGCUAAAUUAAGUUCACCAGAGAAACCACCUGGGCUAAUUGCAUUCGAGUCACUAAUGUCAGGAAGUCUUAAGAACUACAUAGCAUGUAGCAAGAAGCUUGGAGGAAAUAUACUGUCUCAGUCGAAAUGUGUUCAUGAUGCGUUCGGUCUUGUCAGGGAUCUCAUCGAGAAUUCUGCCUUUUAUAACAAGCCAAGUGAAUUAGAAAUGGGUAUCCACCUAAAAGCUCUUCAUUUCAAGCUCAUUGAGAUCGCAAACUUCAGCGUCGAAGCUUUAUCGGUACGCAAACAUCAGUUAUCAACUAUUGCUGAUUCAGUUCUUAUACUAAACUGGGUUGGAACCUCAUCGGCGCUGCAGUUUGUCAAAGAAAUGAAGGACUCCACAUGGUUAUAUGCAAACAAAGUUGUUCAAUACUGCCGUACCGGUCUUCCACAACAUGUUGAGUGGAUGCACUCAUGGCUUGCUUGUUUGGAUGAACUGUGCACAGUUGUUGAAGAACAUUUUCCGUAUGGUUUGAAAUGGAAUGAUAAUGGUCCUAAACUCCCUUUACCAAUUGCUGAAAUACGUCCAGCUCAGCGUUCGCAGCAGAAUUGGGGUACUGACGUACACGAUAAAACCUCAGCGAAGCCUUUUCGUCCUAAAAUGGACAAUGAAAAUUAUGCCGUUGAAUCGUCAUAUUGCUUCUGUUGGGAGUCUGGAAAUGUGCCUUCUUUCGAAGUGAAACAAAGCUCCGGAUCAUGUUGA